AUGCAUUUAUAUCCCAAGACCGCCCUCGUUCGCUACGGCGGAUGGCUUCCUCGCAACAGGGAGGCAUAUGAGAUGUUUUUCGCUCAGCUCUCCACCAAGGUUUCGGCAUAUCGCCAGACUGUAUCGACUCACAUAGAAGCUGUGGCAGACUUUGAACGCGCCGUCAUCGCCGAUCCGGAGAUGGUCAAUCUGGUCGACCAAAUGUUUUCCCAAGCUGAACCCAUAAAUUACAUUGAGGACUUUGCCUUUCUUCUCCACUGCCUCGACAUUCUACUCCUUGAACCCCCUGGCUUCCUGGAGAACGCACCGCUCGACUUCGUUGGGACGCCACUAUGCGUCUUAUUCGACGUUCUGAGCAAUACCGGCGCGGCAUACGAUCUCUUUCGAAGGCCCGCAUUCAACGUCGCUAUGAAGAAACUACUCGAUGCUCGUGGCGCAUAUCUGAAGUCUCCGGAAUCGAACAAGACGCUUACCGACCAGAGGGGAGGGUGGUUCAGUGCCGAAGGUUUGGAGACGCUGGCGGGCGAUGAUCGUGGGGAAUUCAACGUGACCUACCUCUGUCCUAAACCAGACGAGAUAAAUCGCGGGUUUCAGUCAUGGAACGACUUCUUCACUAGAGAGAUCCAGGGGUCAGCCCGCCCUAUCGUCUCCGAUGCCAACCCCGACACAAUCCUAAACGCUUGCGAGUCCGCGGUCUUCCGUCUGGCCCGUAACGUCAAAGCUCACGAUAAGUUCUGGCUGAAAGCCCAGAAUUACUCUCUCUGCGAUAUGCUCAACGGUGACGAGUGUGCCGCAGAGCACUUCGCUGGCGGAACAAUCUACCAGGCGUACCUCAGCCCCUACGAUUAUCACCGCUGGCGAGCCCCGAUCUCCGGCACCAUUAUGAAGACUGAGAUCAUUCCUGGUACCUAUUACGCAGUCCUACCGGACGAAGGCGCCGCAGACGACGACCCAAACUUCGAGCCAGGAUCUCCUUACGGUGCUCUCGUCCGCUCUGAAGCCUGGAUUACGCAGUCCGCCGCUCGAGCCGUCGUCUAUAUACAGUCAGACAAUCCCAAAAUCGGCCUCGUCGCGUUCAUCGGAGUUGGGAUGGUUGAAAUUUCUACUUGCGUUGUGUCGGUAGAAGUGGGGCAGAGGGUCAGACAAGGAGACGGGAUUGGGAUGUUCCAGUUCGGUGGAUCCUCGCACGUUCUGAUAUUUGGUCCGGACACCAACAUCACGUUCGUCGAGGAUGUCGAGAGGGAUGGUAUGGUGAUGGUCAAUAGCCACAUCAAGGUCCGGUCCGUGCUUGGUCGAGUCAAUUAA